AUGCUGCCAUCCACUAGCCUCCGUUUCUUCCGUCUCUCACGACACACUCGCCACUGUCUACCCUUGAGGAAUUCCACCUACAGUCCAUAUCGCCAUGGAUGCCUGUCGACCCUCACUGCCAAAUUCGAAUGCUUGACAUCUCAGAACCCCCGAUCUGGUGUAUCUCUUGCCUUAACCCCCCGGGGGUUAACCUCCCAAAUUCAUUCCACGGCAACCCGAUCUCUUGCAGUUGAUGUGAAGGCCCCUAACCCGGCAACCCAUUACAUUCCACCUCAGACCGGUCUGAUCGCCUCAUUGCCUUCGUCUUGGGUUCCAUAUGCCGAGUUGGUCCGCCUGGAUAAACCAACCGGCACAUAUUAUUUGUUCUUUCCGACUCUUUUUUCCACUCUCAUGGCUGCUUCCAUGGCUGCCAACGUCACCCCCAUACAAGUGCUUGGUACAGCCGGACUUUUUUUUACCGGGGCCUUGAUCAUGCGUGGCGCAGGGUGUGCCAUUAAUGACCUGUGGGAUCGAAAUCUCGACCCACAUGUAGAACGUACCAAAUUCCGUCCCAUCGCCCGAGGAGCACUUUCCCCUCCCAAGGCUGUUCUCUUUACAGGUACUCAGUUAUUGGCUGGACUGGCAGUACUUCUUCAAUUCCCAACACAGUGCCUCUGGUAUGCGAUACCGAGUUUGCCUAUUGUGGUGGCAUACCCCUUGGCUAAACGGAUGACCAACUAUCCUCAGUUGGUGUUGGGGUUCGCCUUCUCGUGGGGAGCAAUUAUGGGGUUUCCAGCCCUGGGAGUGGAUCUAUUGGCCAACCAGGAUGCUCUUCUGGCCGCAGGGGCCCUAUAUUCUAGUUGUAUUGCGUGGACGGUUUUGUACGAUAUGAUAUAUGCUCAUAUGGACAUCAAAGACGAUGUGGCGGCAGGUAUUAAGUCUAUCGCUCUGCGCCAUGAACACAACACCAAGGCCGUCUUAACGGGUCUGGCAGCCACUCAGGUGACCCUCCUAGGCGCUGCAGGUGUUGCCGCAGGCUGUGGUCCAGUAUUCUUCGUUGGCAGCUGUGGCAGUGCCCUUCUUUCCCUGGGAAUCAUGAUUUGGAAGGUUCAACUUAAGAGUGUCUCGAACUGCUGGUGGUGGUUUAAGAACGGGUGUUUGCUGACCGGCGGGGGAAUCACAGUGGGACUUCUCGGUGAGUAUGGCGCUCAUUAUCUGGGUUUGUACGAUAGUACCGCCCAGUCCGGUUCCGACUCCGCGUCGAGGCAAUGA